AUGGAGCGCUCGCCGCCCGACGGGCUGCUGAACGCGUCGGGGGCGCUGGCGGGCGAGGCGGCAGCAGCGGGCGGGGCGCGCGGCUUCUCUGCCGCCUGGACCGCGGUGCUCGCCGCGCUCAUGGCGCUGCUUAUUGUGGCCACGGUGCUGGGCAACGCGCUGGUUAUGCUUGCCUUCGUGGCCGACUCAAGCCUCCGCACCCAGAACAACUUCUUUCUGCUCAACCUCGCCAUCUCUGACUUCCUCGUGGGUGCCUUCUGCAUCCCGCUGUAUGUGCCCUAUGUGCUGACUGGCCGCUGGAGCUUCGGCCGAGGCCUUUGCAAGCUGUGGCUGGUGGUCGAUUACCUGCUGUGCACCUCCUCAGUCUUCAACAUCGUGCUCAUCAGCUAUGACCGCUUCUUGUCAGUCACCAGAGCUGUCUCAUACCGGGCCCAGCAGGGCGACACCCGGCGGGCAGUGCGGAAGAUGGCACUGGUGUGGGUGCUGGCCUUUCUGCUGUAUGGGCCGGCCAUCUUGAGCUGGGAGUACCUAUCUGGUGGCAGCUCCAUCCCUGAGGGCCACUGCUAUGCUGAGUUCUUCUACAACUGGUACUUCCUCAUCACGGCCUCCACUCUCGAGUUCUUCACGCCCUUCCUCAGCGUCACUUUCUUCAACCUCAGCAUCUACCUGAACAUCCAGAGGCGCACCCGCCUCCGGCUGGAUGGUACCCGGGAAGCAGGCCCCGAGCCCCCGCCUGAGGCUCAGUCCUCGCCACCUCCCCCACCGCCUGGCUGCUGGGGCUGCUGGCCCAAGGGGCAUGGGGAGGCUGUGCCCCUGCACAGGUAUGGGGUGGGCGAGGCUGGCCCUGGUGGAGAGGCUGGGGAGGCCACCCUUGGAGGAGGCAGUGGUGGUGCUGCAGCCUCCCCCACCUCCAGCUCUGGCAGCUCCUCGAGGGGCAAUGAGAGACCACGCUCACUCAAGAGGGGCUCUAAGCCCUCUGCGUCCUCAGCAUCUCUGGAGAAGCGCAUGAAGAUGGUGUCCCAGAGCAUCACCCAGCGCUUCCGGCUGUCACGGGACAAGAAGGUAGCCAAAUCCUUGGCCAUCAUAGUGAGCAUCUUCGGGCUCUGCUGGGCCCCAUACACACUUCUGAUGAUCAUCCGAGCCGCCUGCCAUGGCCACUGCAUCCCCGACUACUGGUACGAGACUUCCUUCUGGCUCCUGUGGGCCAACUCAGCUGUGAAUCCUGUGCUGUACCCGCUGUGCCACUACAGCUUCCGCCGAGCCUUCACCAAGCUGCUCUGCCCCCAGAAGCUCAAGGUGCAGCCUCACGGCUCCCUGGAGCAGUGCUGGAAGAAGAUGAAGAAAACACGUCUGUGA